AUGACAAGAUCGGAUGUGGUAAUCAUCGGAGCUGGAUUCUCCGGGAUCUGCAUGGCUAUCAAGCUGCUCGAGGCCGGCAUACGCGAUAUCGUCAUCAUCGAAAAGAGUGCAGGAUUCGGAGGAACGUGGAAAGACAACAUAUACCCCGGAUGUUGCUGCGACAUUUUGUCACAUCUGUACUCGUAUUCCUUUGCACAGAACCCUUACUGGUCUAGAGCAUAUCCAGAACAGAAAGAGAUCCUUAGCUACAUUCAAGACGUCGCCCAGAAGUAUGGCCUGUACAAAUUCGUACGCUUCAGCUCAGAAGUCACGGCCGGAGAAUGGAACUCCGAAUCUCAUGAGUGGAACGUCGGCAUCAAUGUCCUAGCUGGAAAAGAGGCUGAGUUCUGCUCGAAAUACACCAUCAAGGCGAAAUUCCUGAUCGCGGGAGUUGGUCAGCUGAACGAGCCAUUCUGGCCCAAAAUCAGCGGCCAGGAUGGCUUCCAGGGCAAGGUCAUGCAUUCUGCUCGCUGGGACUGGAGCUAUGACUUUCGUGGCAAGCAUGUCGGCAUAAUCGGCAAUGGAGCUACCGCUGUUCAAAUCGCACCUGAAGUCGCAAAGGUUGCUUCUCAUUUAACCGUCUUUCAACGAUCACCCAAUUGGUUAAUGCCAAGAUUCGAUGCGGAAAUUCCAAGGUGGAAGAGGAUCCUGUUCGAUCAUGUGCCUGCAGUUCUCAGUCGGGUAAGGGCUGAGAUAAUGAAUGCUCGCGAAUCCUACUAUCAAGCUGUCAAUCACGCCGAUUCCUCCGACUCUUUUACCAUGACCGCGACCUGUAAACAGCACAUGCAGACCCAGCUGCCUGAUCGCCCGGAUCUGUGGGAGAAGUUAACGCCAAACUAUCCGCCGGGCUGUAAACGCAUUCUGCUCAGCGAUGAUUACUAUCCUACAUUACGACUUCCGCAUGUUAGCCUCGAGACGCAACAUAUCGACAGAAUGACGGAUAGUGGCGUCGUUGUGAGAGAUGGAUCACAAGAGAAAGAUAUUGAUCUUGACCUUGUCGUCUUUGCGACCGGAUUUCAAGCCAGGAACUUCCUGCACGGGAUUAACGUGCAAGGCGUGGGUGGCCAGACUUUGAAGUCCAAGUGGGAAAACGGCGCAUCUGCUCUCUACGGUGUCACGGUAGAUGGCCUGCCAAACUUUGGAAUGUUGUAUGGGCCCAACACGAAUCUGGGCCACAACUCUAUCAUUCUCAUGAUUGAAGCUCAAGCCAGAUAUCUCGUUCCAUUGGUGACAAGAGUCUUGAAGAGCAGAGCCCGAGGGGGUCAGCUAUCUGUCAUGCCCAAAGCACUGAGGGUCCAAGAAUGGAACAAAGACCUGCAGAGCAGUCUAGGAAGUUCUACCUUUGCUGACGCCAGGUGCAGUAGUUGGUAUAAGACUGACAGUGGAGUUGUCACCAACAAUUGGAGCGGGACUGUGGUGCAGUACCAGGAAUUGUUGUCCAAGGUUGACUGGUCGGACUAUGAGCUUCAGGGAGACGGGAUGGAGAAUCUUCCGACUGGCAAGGAGCGGAUUGGUCGUGUCGUGGAGGAGACGCUGCUUAGUACGAAGCAACUUGUUUCGGUGACAGCUUUGGCGGGGUUGGCAGCAGCAGUCUCUGUCUAUCAUCAUCGUCGGGGUUCUUUGCUGAAACACAUUCUGUAG